CUUCACUCACCUCCCACUACCUCGACCACUCAAGGCAUCCCGCCCGGUUAUCGACCCCGGCACUCUCAACUGUAUAUUAUUCCCUAUCCAUCAAAACACAAAUACGAGCAAUACGCCAUGGGUGCGCCCUCUGAACUUUUCGCUCUUAUUGAGCAGUUCCUCCAGGACCAGAGCUGCGUUGACACUUUAAAGGCUUUCCAGAAGGAGGCCAAGAACACUUUGAAGGCUACUUCGAAGCCCAAGGCUACCUUGAUUGAAAUCUACAGUUCAUACGCAACAUCGCAGAAGGACUCAUCUUCCAGCAGCGAUAGCGAGGACGUAACGAUGGAGGAAAAGAAGGACGAAUCUAGCUCCUCUGGCUCUUCCGACUCGGAAUCCGAGUCAUCGUCCUCAUCUUCUUCAGACAGCUCAGAGAGUGGCGACGACGCCGAUUCGGAGUCUUCUGGUUCCGAAUCGUCUUCAAGUGACGAAGAAGAGUCGUCUUCUUCAAGCAGCGAAGACGAGUCAGACGAUGAAAGCACUGUAGUCUCCAAGAAAAAUAACGACGACAGCAGCAGCAGCAGUGACAGCGAUUCAUCCUCGUCCUCGUCUUCUUCAUCUUCAUCCGACUCGAGCUCGUCUUCCAGCUCGUCUUCUAGCAGCAGCUCCUCAAAUUCUGACUCGGAUUCCGAUUCGGAUUCCGACUCUGACGCUGAUAAGAAGACAGUUGUUGUUACUAAGACCGAGAUCACGGAAACUAUUGCUGAACGACCAGUUAAAAAACAGAAGACCGAGGAAAAGAAGCCUAAGGUCCAGAACGAGCCAUUUAAGCGCGUAAAGGCAGAGGAUGUUGUUUUCUUGGAUGAAAAGCUGAAGGACAACACCUAUAUGAGCAAGGUAACACAACUCGGAGAUAUCUGAAAAGACGAACUGAGAACGAAGUACAUAUGAGAAACUACUUCUGACAUUACUGAUCUGUACUCCUAACGUAUAGGGCGGUGCCGAGGCUGGAUACGGAUUCAAGGCUCAUUUGGACAUGAUUGUCACACGAGGAAAGGGCUUCCGCGCAGAAAAGACGAAAAAGAAGCGGGGUUCAUAUAAGGGCGGCUUCAUCUCGAACGAGUCGCACUCAUACAAGUUCCCUGAUUCGGAUUAACUAGACUUUAUUUUUCUUUAAUCUUCACCGCAUACAUCUUUUUUGCAUCUCACAAGCAUAGAAUUUUAUUAUCAG